AUGUAUAACUUCGUAAAAAUAUUUCGCUCAAACUUCAUAGACAUAAAUGCUGCAAACAAAUUUGAAAUUUUUUUAAAAACGAUACUACGGAUUUAUAAGACGCCGGCCCGAACGCACCUGCUGGCGCAUGCAGCGGACAUAUCGGCCAUAUAUGCAGUGAGGCAAAUAUACAAUUAUAUGAAAAACGAUGAAGAGGGAAGGAUUGUACUGAAAGAAAAACCGUUGCUAAUACGACAGAACAUACAAUUUAAUGAGUUAAAGAAGCUACCGAAAAAUACACUAGGAUAUAAAUAUAUGGAAUUUUUGGAAACGUACAAACUGCAUGCACAUGACAGAGAAGUAUCUCAUUUUUUUACAGACUUAAAUUAUUCCUACAUUUUAACAAGGUAUAGACAGAUCCACGAUAUUGGGCACGUGGUUUAUAAUUUGAAUAUAUCGAUCGAAUCCGAAGCAGCACUGAAGGUAAUUGAACUGGUACAAACGAAAUUGCCAAUAACUGCGCUUGCCAUUUUAGUAGCCCCCUUUAUGACGCCGCUAUAUCGUUUUCAAUACAUUUUUCAAGACUCCAUUCCUCCGAAUUUUCUAACCCCCAACUUUGACUAUACAUACAAUGAUGCAUACAAUUAUGUGGACGAGUUAUCCAUUAAGCAGUAUGAGUACAAUCUGACAGACUACUUUCACGUGGAUAAGAGAGACGACAGGAACUUCUACUCGAAAAUGUACCAAUACUACUUGGACAAUAUAAAUAAUUCUUCCGCCGUUCGAGGGUCCAUCAUAUACGGGUUUGAAAACAAAAGCAAUAAUGACAUUAUAUAUGACCAUCCAAAUGGGGAGUAUAUUUUUUUAAAAAAUUUGAAAAAAAAACAUCUUCUUUUUCAGUACAAACCAAGGAAAAAUUUACUACGUGAGUUGUACCCAUGGGCCUACAUGGCGGGCGUGUCAACAACGAAACCGCUGCAUUCUAUUCAUAUUGAAAAAUGGCUGGACAAGGACAUCGACUUGUUCAGGCGCACGUACAAUAUUACUCCCCUCCCCGAUCACUUGAAUUUGAUGGCUGGGAUAAAUUGA